CUUUCACAAAACAUCUGGGAGGAGCCCCCGGGACCACAAAACUGUCUCCUUCCAGGGGCCCGACUCAGAAGUGCAGGAAGGCCGCGGACAGGGGCCGCUGCCUGACAUGGGCGUCUCGGGGUUGCUGCGACUGCUGCUGUUGAUUCAAACCUGCAUUCCAGCCACCUGGGCUCUGCGGUGCAUGCGGUGUGAGAGGAAUGGGAAUUGCCAGGUGGAAGAGUGUGCCCCUGGCCAGGAUCUCUGCAGGACUACCGUCUUGAACAUAUGGGAAGAAGAUGAAGAGUUGGAGGUGGUGGAGACAGGCUGUGCCCACUCAGAGAAGACCAAUAGGACCAUGAGCUAUCGGACAGGCAUGAAGAUUAUCACCCUGACAGAGAUCAUGUGUGGAUCAGAUUUGUGCAACCGGCCCAACCCUGGCCGGACUCCCGCCUUUCCCCGAAGCCGAAACCGUUACCUCGAAUGUAUUUCCUGUGCCUCUUCAGACCUGAGCUGUGAGAGGGGCUGGGACAGGAGCCUCCAAUGCCGCAACCCUAGAGAACAGUGCCUAGAGGUGGUGACCCUGGAAGGGAGUCUAAAGAAUGAGCGCAACUUGAGAGGCUGUGGCAACCUUCCUGGCUGCCCAGGCCCCACUGGCUUUCACAACAACCACACCUUGCACUUCCUGCGCUGCUGCAACACCACCAAAUGCAAUAAGGGACCAGUCCUGGAGCUUCAAAACUUGCCACUGAAUGGCCUCCAGUGUUACAGCUGUCAGGGGAACAGCACCGAUGGAUGUUCCUCCGACAAGACCUUCCUCAUUGCCUGUCGAGGCCCCAUGAAUCAAUGUCUGGAAGCCACAGGCACUGAAGGGCCAGGGAACCCAUACUAUACAGUAAGAGGCUGUGCAGCACCUUCUUGGUGCCAAGGCCUCCAUGUGGCUGAAGCCUUCAGAUUGCACCAUGCCAACGUCUCCUGCUGUACUGGAAAUGGAUGUAAUGACCCAAACAAAGACGUGCAGUCCCGAAAGGGGGGCGCCCCCCGGCCUGGCCCUGCCCACCUCAGCCUCAGCAUCAUCCUACUUACGACUGUGAGACUAUGGGGAGGAACUCUCCUCUGAACCUGAACCUCACACUCUCCCUGCCCUGGCUGGAUCAGGGGACCCCUUUGCCCUUCCCUCAGCUUCCAGGUCUGCAGACUUGCUGUGUGACUUCCGACCAGUGUGCUGUUUCCUCUGGGCCUCAGUGUUCCCCGCUGUGAAGACACCUGUCUCACAGAAUUAUGACAACCAGAGGAGAAAAGCUGGAAGAAGGCUGUGAGCCAGCAGAAGAGUUCUUAUUACUAAUAUUGUUGGCGCUAUUGUUAUUAUUAAUUAAUAUUUGUUUUAUUUAAUAUUUUAUACUUAUAUAAAUAUUUUUAU